AUGUCGAAAUCUAAGGAUAGUGGCUCCUCCGGGGGUUUUCACCAGGAGUACAUCGCCUCAACGCGCUAUCGCAAUGAUCUACCUCCUCCGGACAUGCCCCCCAAGUUUCUGGAUAUUCCUCAUGAGGGCUUAGACCGAUUCCUCACCCCGGGAUUCGCUUCCAGUCUGGCGAGACGCGAGGAGCCAAACAUUGAUGUGGACGCGGAGGGUGGUAUGCCGAUUGAUCUCGUCGGUAUCCCGGGGCUUCAUCUGGGCGAUGAAAGUGCUAUCAUGGCCCCGGAAAACCCCGACCCAAUUGACCCCGCCGACCUACCUCUUCUGAUGACUCUGGACCAGCUGAGAAACCCGGCGCCCAAGAACACAAAUGUCAGCUUUCUCCGUCGCACGCAAUACAUCUCCGCAGGAAUUCGUGCCCCUGAGGGGCCCAAGGUCACACCUAUCAGAUCGAAGUCUCGUCAAGACGAGAAGACGAAAAUGUCCCAAGAUGAUCCCAUUUACGUCAAGAAGUACAUCCAGAAGGGUUUCGACAUUGCAUACCCGGAUAGUAAGCAUUCUGGAGAGGAUACGCCAAGCAGAAUCAAGGGUCACAACCCGACAAAACUUGAGCACGAUGCAUGGGCUCAUCCAGUACAUCCCGAUAACCCCAAGCUGAAGCCUGUUGGGUUCUUCCCGCUGCUUCCCGACCUAGCAGGGUUCCCCGAUCCCGGAGGUUUCGUUCAAUUUAAAUUUGACAAGGCGCCCGUUCAAGACAUUUCUGGAAAGCGAGAUAAGCGAAUGGAUGCAGCUGUUCUGCUGCCGUCUGCGCCCGAGGAGCGCGUUUGCCAGGAACACACAACGAAAGCAACUCUGCACAAGACAAACCCCAAUCUAUACCCCGAUCCCGGCCCUGUUCCUUGGGAUUACGACCUUUUCCUCCCUGGGAAGGAAAACGCUAAAAACGUCCUUGCAAGCUUGCGCAUGACCAACCCUGAGCGGGACAACGAAGGUCUCUACGCUCACGAGGGCGCCGACAACACCAGAUUCCACCGGUUUGAUCGGGUGCGUACCUACGCUACCAGCGCCCAGACCCUUGGCAAUGACCAGAAGCAAAGAGAUGUCGCCUUGACUAUCUUCGACCCGUCGAAUGCCAAUGAAGAGCAGCAGGGCAAGCAGAAGGCGGCCUAUUAUUACCCCAUCCUUGGAAAGACACGUCUCAAGCCGGAGCGAGCCCGUACUAUUGCGCAGGCCGGUCUGGCCCCUACGCGCCCGAAGACCAAAGAGGACCAGGUUGAUCAAAUUCAAGUGGUCGUUCGCGAUCCAGACGAGGCGGAGGUGUACAAGCGAGCAUUACACAGGGCCGCUAUCGAUCCCAAGUUCGCGAAAACCAUGCCGCCGGCACCGGAGGGCGCAGAUGAACCACAGUCGCCCCAGGAAUAUGCCGAGGCAGAAGAUCGCGAGCCCAGUGUUGAUCGGCAAUCAAUAGAUCAGGAUGCACCCGGUGAGGCAGACAGGAUGAGUGACGACGAGUGA